AUGAUAUAUUUGGUCAUAUAUGUAGCAUCAUUCUCUCGAACCAUACACGGUGGAUCAACACCAUUAAUUGAAUUGAUUAAAAAUAUUGAUUUGUAUCGUCAAGCCUCAAUCUGUGUCUCCUCUUCAUCGUUUUCAACGAAAGGAAGAGAAUAUGUUUCUCGGAUGUGUUCUUUACAACGUCAAAUUACUUUUAAUUAUCGAGAUGAUGUAGCAAAUAUGAAACUAUAUCAGAGAAUCCCAUCACCAUCACCUGAUUUCUUCAUUCAAUGGCCAAGUUUAUCUCAAACUAAUACUUUCUUUUAUAAAACAUUAUUUAUUGAUAAUGUACGUUUUAGUGGCGAUGAUUUUACAAUACAACGACGAUCAAAUGACACUUGUAUAUUGUAUAAGUCAAAAAUCAAUUCUUAUUCAAUCGGCUUCAUAUUGAGCGUCGUUCAUGCAAUUGAUAAAAAUCAGGCUUAUAUUCUUUUAAAUAAAGUAAAAAUGGUUUCAAUGGCUGAUACUAUGGACAUCGAAGGAAGAAUAUUCAAAUGUAACAAUAUUCUACAAGGAGUCGUUGUACCUGGUUCUACAACUUGUAUCAAAACAUCUCAAAUUACACAGAAGCUCGCUUUUCGACCAG